UCCCCCUCCUACCACCACCGUUGGCAAUCCACAGUAUAAUUAGGCCUCUGUUUGAAGCUUUUCCUCUAUUUGCUUCUAUCCCCUCACUUCAUUAUUAAUCCCAUUUCCACCGUUUCAAAGAGAGAGACACGAGGAAGAAGAAGAAGAUGAUGAUGAUGAUGAUGAGGAGGAUGAUAAGUAGGGCUUUGCUUGGACCAAUGGCCGCUUUAGGGUUUCGCUUAUCUCUACUCCUUCUCCUUUCCGCCGUAGGAUACGCAGGCGCUGCCGGUGCGUGCUCCUCCGUGGCCUUCUCCUCGAACCGCGUCUAUGCCGCCUGUAGCGACCUCCCCCGCCUUUCCUCCUCGCUCCACUGGUCCUACGACAACGCCUCGGCCACCCUCUCCCUCGCGUUCGUCGCGCCGCCCGCGAAGCCGGAGGGGUGGGUCGCGUGGGCGAUCAACCCCACCGGCGACGGCAUGAUUGGGUCCCAGGCCCUCAUCGCGUUCCACCAGCCGGACGGAGAGAUGGGGGUGCAGACGUACAACAUCACCGGGCUCGGGCCCAUCGCGAAGGGGCCGAUCGACUUCAAGACGUGGGAUCUGGCGGCCGAAUACUCCGGCGGAGUCACGCGGCUCUACGGGAAGAUGAAGCUGGCGGCAGGGACGACGGUUGUGAAUCAGGUGUGGCAAGUGGGGUCGGCGGUGGCGAAUGGGGUUCCCCAAAAGCACGACUUCCUGCAGGACAACCUGCAGUCCAAAGGAACGGUGGAUCUCGUUAAGGGAGCGGUCUCCCUGUCCGGGGGUUCCACUACCAGAAAAAGGAAUGUGCAUGGAGUUUUGAACGCUGUGAGUUGGGGGAUCUUGCUUCCGAUUGGUGCGAUCUUUGCUAGAUAUCUAAAAACAUUCAAGUCCGCAGACCCUGCAUGGUUUUAUCUCCAUGUAACAUGCCAGAUUAUCGGCUAUGGUGUUGGAGUUGGUGGCUGGGCUACUGGCCUCAAUCUCGGAAGCAAAUCUAAGGGUAUCCAGUAUACCACCCACCGGAACAUUGGCAUAGCCCUUUUCUCUCUUGCAACCUUACAGGUUUUUGCACUAUUUAUGAGGCCGAGUAAGGAUAACAAGUACAGAUUCUAUUGGAACAUCUACCAUUACUUGGUAGGAUACACUGUCAUUGUCUUGGGCAUUGUCAAUGUGUUCAAGGGCCUCAAGAUCUUGAGUACUGAUCAUAAAUGGACAGUGGGGUACAUCAUUGCAAUUUGCAUUCUUGGUGGUAUUGCCUUGUUCUUGGAGGUUGUUACCUGGCUUAUAGUUCUCAAGAGGAAGUCCAAGAACCCUACAAAACCUUCUGAUGGAUCCAACUCUAAUGGUGUGCAACGUCCACUGUCUGUCUGAUCCAUCCAUCGAUCUACUGUUCACCCUUGUGUCGCUUACUUCAAAAUUUUAAGGUGUUUUAGCUUCUUCUCUUUUUGUUUGGGUGGGAAGGGGGAGUAUCCUUGUUGUACUAUAUUUUGUUUACAGGUUUGAUCGCGAUAAAUUAAAAUAAUGGUGCAAAUUUUCA